AUCUGGUCGCAAAUAUAAAGCGAGCGCAAAAAAAAAAAAAACAACAAAAAUGAAAAGCAUUUUUAUAAUUGCCAUUUUGGGUGUCGUUUGUGUUGCGAUAACCGCUCGACCCAAUGAGGGAUUACGACUUGGUGGUGUCACAAAUUUGGAAGGUGAAAAACUUAAAGAGGCUGAAGAAGUUUUGGAGAAUUCGCUGAAAAAAUUAGCGGCUGGAGAAAAGGGUCCACACUAUAAACUUGGAAAAAUGUAUACAGCCUCAAGACAAACGGUAUCUGGUUUGUUGUAUAAAAUGAACGCUGACAUCAUUGACAGUGAGAACGAAGAAAACAAUAAAAACUGUAACGUCACCAUUUGGUCUCAACCAUGGCUGGAAAAUGGCAUUAAAGUAACAUUUAACUGCGGCAAAGAUGAUGAAUUAACGUUUAGGCAUAGCGCCUAGUUAUAUUGAACCGAAGGUUAUACAUUUUUAAAUCAAGUUAAAUUUUUUUGAUUUUUAUAAGAAAGAUAUUAUCAUUUAUUUUCUUGAAAGUCAGGCUGUGAAGAACAAAGAAAUUAAAAAAUAAAAAAAGAAAUCAGCUUGAACCUAAA